CAGUAUAACAUUUCGUUCUAUCUGCAAUACCUCGCACAAUGGCCGAUCUAUUUUGUGUACAAAUAUCUCCACAGGACCGCCUUAUGGGUUAUGUGAUGGGCAAGGCUGAAGGUACUGGCAAGAACUGGCACCUGACACGUUACGGCCAUAACAGUUGCUCCUGAAUAUCGUCGAUUGUUGGGUUUAGCCGAUGGCAUGAUGAACCUGCUUGAAGAAGUAUCUGAGAAAACAUACAAUGGACGGUUCGUGGAUCUAUAUGUGCGUGUAUCCAAUGCAGUGGCCAUAGGCAUGUAUCGUAAAUUUGGCUAUUCAGUAUAUCUCGUGUACGGAACUAUUACUCCGGAGCAACAAAUGAGGAUGCUUCAAAAGAAAAGAUUUUGUAGCUACAACAAUAAUGAACAUUAUAAUAUGAUGAUGAUCUAACUGCAACAAUGCUUUGGAAGGAUUAUGGCGUAGCAAUCACACAGAGUGGCUUACAAAGGCAUCUGGUAAAAAAAAGAUGUGGUUUAACUAUGAAGGAACGUAUGAAAAUAUUAAAAACCCGUACAUUGCCUGAAACUAUCAAGAAAUGAAUGAA